AUGAUGUCUCUGUCGACUGCUGGAAUGUCCAUGGGCGGCUUCCCGGGAGCCUUGCCUGACUGGAGCAACCUCAAUGUCCUCCAGCGCAACACCCUUCCCCCCAGAGCUCACUUUUACUCCUACCCCGAUCAAGAAUCAGCUCUGUCAUUCAAUCGAGAACAGAGUCUUUAUCACAGUCUGAAUGGAACUUGGAAAUUCCACUACGAUCCAAGUCCUUUUGAUGCACCAAUUUGGGAGACCGCCAAUACUACCUCGUGGGAUGACAUUGAAGUCCCCGGUAUGUGGCAGCUGCAGGGCUAUGGGCGUCCCCAUUACACCAACAUCGACUACCCAUUUUCUGUUACCCCGCCCAAUGUUUCGUACUCCAACCCAACGGGCUCUUACUGGCGAGAGUUUGAGGUCCCUGAAGACUGGGAAGGCGAACAGAUUCGAUUGAGGUUUGAGGGCGUAGACAGUGCCUUCCAUGUGCGAGUCAAUGGAGAAGAGGUCGGCUAUGCGCAAGGGAGUCGUAAUGCUCACGAGUUUGACAUCACGGAUUACCUUUCUGCAGAAAAGGCUAAUGAACUGGCUGUGCGCGUUUAUCAAUGGUCUGAUGGUACUUAUAUCGAGGAUCAAGAUCAGUGGUGGCUCUCUGGUAUUUUUCGCGACGUCUAUCUCAUCCCAUUCUCCGAAUCGUCCAUUGUUGACUAUCAGGUUGAUUCCGAAUUGAGCGACUCUUUUGAUGAGGGCUCGUUCAAAGUCAAUGUUACUAUUCAAGGCAAAGAAGAUGAUUUGGCCAUCAAACUGCUUGCACCAAAUGGUACGACGCUCGAUGAUUGGAAGGGUGCUUCUUCCAAGGUCUACGAGAGGUCAAUCUCUGGAGAUGAUUUCCACAUGUGGUCCGCCGAAACUCCCAAUCUGUACACCCUCCUCAUCACCUUCAACGGACGAACCAUCAGCCAAAAGGCCGGUCUCCGUCGCGUGGAAAUGAGCGGACCCAAUUUCUACGUGAACGGAAAGCCCAUAAUCAUCUACGGUGUCAACAGACACGAGCACUCCCAUCUCACAGGCCGCACAAUCAAUUACGCAGACAUGCGAAGAGAUCUCAUGCUCAUGAAGCGCUCCAACAUCAACGCCAUUCGUGCAGCGCAUCAGCCUCACCAUCCCGAUUUCUUCGAUGUCGCUGAUGAGCUCGGCUUCUACGUCAUUGGAGAAGCCGAUCUUGAGUGUCACGGCUUCAGAACCUUUGAAGACACCGAGGAGAAGGCUGCGGAGUGGCUUUCCAACAAUCCCGAGUGGGAAGACGCUUAUAUCGACAGGGCUCGUCAGCUCGUUGAGCGAUAUAAGAACCAUGCUUCAAUCAUUAUCUGGUCACUUGGUAAUGAGUGCUUUUAUGGCCAGAACCAUGCUGCGAUGAGCAAGUGGAUCCGAGAUCGUGACCCAAGCCGGGUCAUUCACUACGAGCAGGACCAUGAAGCCAAUUCGACGGAUAUGUACAGUCAGAUGUAUACUACGCCUGAUUACGUGCGACAGUGGAUCAAGGACCAUGGUGAUAAGCCUGUUGUUCUCUGCGAGUUCGCCCAUGCUAUGGGCAAUGGUCCAGGUGGUCUCGUUGAGUACAUUGACAUGUUCAGAACCGAGCCCCAGUCUCAAGGUGGUCUUGUCUGGGAAUGGAGCAACCAUGGUAUCCUCAAGGAGGAAGAAAAUGUCACCUACUACGCCUACGGUGGUGACUUCGGCGAUGAACCCAAUGAUGCCGACUUUAUCAUGGAUGGAUUGACCUUGUCUGAUCACACGCCCAUGCCUUCUCUGAGAGAGUAUGCCAAGGUCAUCCAACCUGUGUCUGUCAAGCUGGCGAAGAAUGGCAGUGCGAUGACUGUCGUCAACCACUACGACUUUCUCGAUCUCAGUCAUCUCGAUGCUUCAUGGCAUCUAGUCGCGGACGGUCUCAAGACUGAGCCUCAGCCUCUUUCUCUUCCCAAGAUCGCUGGUGGUGAGAACAGGACUCUGGCGCUCCCUCCCCAGAACAGUACCUGGGGUGGUGAGUCUUGGGUUACUGUCGAGUUCAGACUCAACGAAGACGCUUCCUGGGCGCCAAAGGGUCAUCUCAUCGCGUGGGACCAACUUCACAUUAAGCGACCCACCUCCUCCACCAAGAACACAGCCUCUCUCACCCGCCGGCAAGAACCCUCAGAGUUCGAGCGCAACGGCACAAAACUCACCUACAAGAGCGGCGACGCUACCUUCGGCUUCGAUCUUCUCCAAGGAAACGUCACUUGGAACAUCGACGGCGUAGACGUCUUCCAACGCGGCCCCGAGCUCUCCUUCUACCGCGCUCUGACCCAGAAUGACGCGUCCGGUUCGGGCGAUGGACCCUUGUGGGACAAGAAUAGGAUCUCAAUGGUUUAUCCACAAAUCAGAGACGUUAGUUGGUCCACUGACCAAGAUGGCGCCACGGUGCACUACAAGGUCUGGGUUGGGGUCCUGACUCAAGCUUGGGGCAUCGAGGCAGACAUGGUCUACAAGAUCCCCUCCUCAGGACCACAACUUCAGCUGCAAGCUAAGGGCGAGUUCAUUGGCAAGAACGAAUCCCACACCAUUCCCCAUAUCGGCCUCAUGGCUGUUCUGCCCGAGUCCUUCGAUGAUGUAUCCUGGUUCGGUCGCGGUCCCGGCGAAAGCUACAAGGACUCGAAGCAGGCCGGUCGCAUCGGACAGUACAGUUCGAGCGUCCCCGACCUAUUCACCCACUACGAUUAUCCUCAGGAGAAUGGCAACCGAGAGGACUUGCGCUGGCUGAAGAUUGGUAACAAGGAUGUUACGCUUGAUGCUCGACGAAGCAAGGGUGAGGAAUUCAGUUUCACGGCGAGGAGAUAUAUGCCUUUUGAUCUUGAUGAUGCCAAGCACCCGCACGAUUUGAAGCCGUUGAACAUGACGGUAUUACAUCUGGACUAUGACAAUAACGGGCUGGGAAGUGCGACUGUUGCUGUAAGGCCCUUUGAGCAGCAUCGUUGUUAUAUGAAGCCGUUUGACUUUACCUUCGACUUUAAUAUUGCCUAG